UCACUGUUAUCUGCCUUCCAUCGUUGUGCCGGGGCAGGGUGGCUGUGCUCCGGCUGUGAUGACACUACAGAUCCGUUAGCAGCGUGCUGCAGCCUCCACCUUUCCAUCAUGGCUCCCUCCGCAGACAGGCACGGAUACUGGGGGCAGCCGACCUCAACGUUGGACUGGUGCGAAGAAAAUUAUGUCGCCACUUUUUACAUUGCGGAAUUCUGGAACACUGUCAGCAACCUGAUUAUGAUCCUUCCUCCCAUUUAUGGGGCCAUCCAGACGUUUCGAGACGGCCUUGAAUUUCGCUACAUCUGCUCUUUCCUCGGACUGGCAGCUGUUGGCGUUGGUUCCUGGUGCUUCCACAUGACGCUGCUAUAUGAGAUGCAGUUACUGGAUGAGUUGCCAAUGAUCUACAGCACAUGCGUCUUUGUCUACUGCCUAUACGAGUGUUUCAAACAAGAGAACACCACCAGUUUAUUCCCCAUUGCAUUAUUGUUAAUCUUCAGUUUCUCAGUCACAUUGGUGUACUUACAUUGGAAGGAGCCAGUCUUUCACCAGGUCAUGUAUGGUACUCUAGUAGCUUGCCUAGUGAUGCGAUCUAUCUUCAUUGUUACAUGGGUGUAUCCAUGGCUCAGACCGCUGUGUUACACCUCCUUAGGAGUUUUUAUGUUAGGGUUCCUACUGUGGAACAUUGACAACAUCUUCUGCAACACAUUAAGAGCCAGUAGACACAAACUUCCCCCCGGUGUUGGAGUAGCAACACAGUUCCAUGCCUGGUGGCACAUCUUCACUGGCCUUGGAUCCUACCUACACAUACUACUCAGCCUGCAGAUCAGGUCAACCUACCUCAAGCACAGACCAAAUAUAAAGUUUGUUUGUGGAGUUUGGCCCACAUUGCACAUUGAAGCACAGAAGACGAGCUGAAAUGAAUGGAUGGUGACCAACUGAAGGAUGGUGACUGCCAUACCCAGACACCAUGGGAACAGGGAGCUGCCAAUGCUCACUGCUGGAACCUCAGCCAACAGCUAGGGGGCAGGUGUACCUCAAGGCACUAUCCUAGGAACCCUUUGGUUCUGCACUGUGGCGAUUUACUAAGAGCAGUAAAGCACUGAGUCCAGUUCUUUUUAAAAUCACAAAUGAUUCAUUAGACUAGCGUUUCUCUGAUCUUAUUGAAGUUUUAAUGCAAAGAUGAUGUGUAAUCUUCUGAAGUGAUACAUGUUAAAGGGGACAGGUCUUAAUUAGGGUUUGGGAAAAUUGAAAAUGAUUCAGAAUUUAAUUAGCAUAUUUAUUGUUGUAUGUUUCAAUCUGUGAAUGUUUGAAUCUCCUACGUCUAAACAUAUUUAAAUAAGUCCUCAAUUAUGAUACCUGUGACUAGGUAUACCUAGCUUAUGUGUAGUUUUACAACCAGCUGAGGGUGCUCAACUCAUAACACAGUGUUGUCACAUCCUUUUUCAAGGCGUAUUGUUUUUGGAUGUGCUCAUUAUAUAUGGGAUAGAAACUGCCUACUAGAAUGUGGAAGUAGUACCGCGUUAUUGUAAUUCAGAGCUAGAUUAUAUUGGCCUAAGCCAUUUUACAAAUGUUGCUAUGAAAACAUGCCAUGACUGGAAUAUACAUUUUUCUUUUUUUUCAUUGCCAAAGUUGUUCUGGAUUUAAAAAAGUCAACCUUAAUUUGUAUUUUACCUCAUCAUAACACAACAUUACAGAAUUGUUAUUCUGUUAGGGACAGGGCUGAGAUUUCUCCAUGCACACAAAACAAGUUGAACAACUUUGGACAGCUCAAGUUUCUGUGUCUGGUGACACACGUUAACAGUCUUUAAAGAUACUGCACACAGAUUUGUGCUCUGUGCAGGAUUAAAGUUUUACUGCCACUCCUCAAGUCCAUAUGGUUUGGCUGUUGGCUAUCAGAAUUACAUUGAGCUUCCCUCAGGGUGUCUUAGGUUGAGAAACCUGUUUGUUGGCCUGUGACCAGAAUCUGGAUAAUCUGAUCAGCCACAAAUAAUGCAAACAGAGAAGCAUCACUGGAGAUCAUCAGUUGGUGUGUGCAGCUAACUUGAAGGGAAUGAAAAGAUACAUGGUCAUAGUUAAAACUAAUUUAUAAAAGCCAGUCUGUUCAUAUAACUAAAUGUUAACAUAAAGCCGAAUGACCAGGUGAACACGUGGAACAUGUCUGAAUCUUUGCAUCCACAUAAGCCGCAGGGAUGGGAUUCAACACAGACAGUUUGUUCUCCUUUUUACCUGUUUUCACACUAGAGAAAAAUAGAAAUAGUAUUUGAGUGUUCUCCCCUCCUAUUAGAAAAAUACUUUAUCUUAGUCAAGAGUAAACUUUGAUUUUGAAGACGUAUAAGUACAUUUUAAUCGUGACACUGAUGCAUUGUUUUUUUUAAUGUCAUCACACCAUUGCAUAAAGGUGGAGAGUCCAAUGGCACAUAUGUUGAUGAAACAGUUUAUUAUACAACCACUCAAAAUGUAUUUCCCUUUUAUCAGACAUUGCCAAACAUGCCAAUGUGAAUGGAGGAGAUGCUUUCUACCAACUGUAGAAAUCUGACUUCAUGUGCUGGGUCUGUGGUGUGAAAUGAAGGGCUCUUGAUUUAAAAUGUCUUGCUGCAGUGCAGUUGUGGAUAUAAAAUGGUAACAAUCUAACCCAGUGGAGGAUACGGAGGUAUUUGUAUUGGUGUGGUCUCCUUAACUGCUGUGUGCUCAAUGAAAAAACUGAAAUUGUGACUUUAAUUAAAUGUAUAAUGUCAACACAUUUCACAUAACUGUAUUAGGUUAGUGGAAAGCAAUGCCAUACAGUUUUAUUUAAACUUAAUAAUACUAACCCAAUACAGUUGUGUGACAUUUUUUGACAUUUAAAUAAAGUCAAUGUUUCAGUUUUUUCUGAUGGAUUAGCUCAUGUGUUCAUUUUUCAGUACACUGAAAAAACUGAAACAUUGACUUUAAAUAAAAGUAUUAUGUCAACAGUUUUCACACAACUGUAUUAGGUUAGUUGAAAGCAAUGAUAUUAAGUUUGAUAACAAAAUAUUAGGUUCAGUGUAUAUUAUAGUUAUAUAAGUUCAUACAAGGUUUCAGUUUUUUCAGUGUAUGCAUAUAUGCUUUAUCACUAAAAUCUAAAAUGCUUGGGUCAAGCCUUAGUGUGAACCCAGUUUUACAAAUAUUCAUAAGCACAUUGUAUGAAAGAUAAGUGUUAACUUUGGUCAAAUUUCUGAGUGGAAUAUUCAUUGUCUGUUAUUAUCUUGGCAUUCCUGCUCAUCAGUAGAGCAGUUGUCAAAAAGGGUGCCUUAUUGUUAUCUUGCAAGUAAUCCAAGUUGCCUUGAUGUUCGUGAUCAAAUAAUCAUUCUACUGUCCCAUGUGUUGUGCAGUUUGCCCAUAUCUCUUUCUAGUGCUAAAUCUGUGCCUGGUUCUUUGGCCUCCCAUUCAUUUCAUGUGUCCAACAUUUUGGUUACAGUCCGUUCCAGUGAUAUUAACCGUAUCUGUAGGUGACUAACGUUCUGUAUCCGUUGAGGCCAGAAGAGCAAACUCUGCCAUCAGUUAUGUUUAACUUUGUCUUUAUGAUGUCUUGUAUUGUAAAAUAAAAGUACAUGCAGACUUUAUGUCUACAGAAGAAAUUAA